AGAGACUAAAGAUACAGUACAGACACAGUCGUACAGAUGCACUUAUCUGGCAAUGCUGUAGUGAAAAAUAUCAGCUGGCUGCUGAAUUAAUUCAUUUUUUGCGCCUCUCUGUAAUAACAGGUUUGGAUCACGAAUUCUUUAGCAUGGAACAAAUAAAGAUAGAUGAGCCUAGAUGGGAUCAGGCAACUUAUCAAGGGCGAGCAAACCACUUCUUUACUACCACGAAUCCGCUAAAUCUGCUGUGCUCUGAUGAAGAACUGGAUAAGGCAAAAGAAGUUGUGACCAAAUACAGGAAAGAUGGGCAACUAAAUGGAUUGACUGUUGCAGAAUUAUGGAAAGCCAAACAUGUUUAUGACUCUGCUUUCCAUCCAGACACAGGGGAUAAAAUGUUGAUUAUUGGCAGAAUGAGUGCACAGGUUCCAUGUAACAUGUUUAUCACUGGUUGCAUGAUGACUUUCUAUCGAACAACUCCAGCAGUUGUUUUUUGGCAAUGGAUUAAUCAGUCUUUUAAUGCCAUUGUCAACUAUACCAACAGAUCUGGAAAUUCCCCAAUCACCAAUCAACAAUUGGGUACAUCUUAUGCACUGGCAACAAGUGGGGCUUUAGUCACUGCUCUUGGUUUGAAUAGCUUGACCAAGUCAAUGUCUCCUAUUAUUGGGCGUUUGGUACCCUUUGCAGCUGUUGCUGCCGCUAACUGUGUAAAUAUUCCUCUGAUGCGAAUGCAUGAAAUUCAAAAGGGAAUCUCAGUUUCUGAUGAGAACGGAAAUGUACUCGGUGAAUCUUCGAUUGCUGCCAAAUGGGGUAUCACUCAAGUUGUCCUUAGUCGUAUCGGAAUGGCUUCUCCUGGAAUGGUCCUACCACCUCUGCUGAUGAAUUAUUUGGAUCGAAAGGGCUUCUUGAAGCGAUUCCCUUGGUCUGCGGCACCUAUUCAAGUUACUUUAUGUGGCGUAUUACUUACUUUCGCUACUCCAAUGUGUUGUGCCCUGUUUCCUCAAAAAGCAUCGAUUUCGGUUGACAGUCUGGAACCAGAGCUACAGGCAAAGAUUCGAAAAUCCCCGAAUCCCCCAACUGUUGUUUAUUACAACAAGGGCCUGUAAAUUUGAGUCAAUCACUGAAUUACUGUGGACGAGUGCAAAUAUCUCAGUACAAGUUUCUUAGAUCAACUAGAAAAUGAAAAAAAAAACAGAAAAACACAUUUAAUUAAAGUAACUUCCACAGUUUAUUUUUUUUUUGCUCAAAGUAUAUUGGUGUAGUUUCCAUUCCAGUUGAGGUAAUUGGUAGUCAUUUUGCUAUAGAAAUAAACUGCUAAAAAAUA